AAAGUCGUUAGCCUUGCGGAGGGGUUGAUGACUUUUUGGCGACGAUCGGAGGGUCGGAUGAAAUAUAGUUACUACUUUUGAUACGACAACCCCGCCUUUUGCGAAUAUAAAUCGCUGAAAUGGAGGAAGAUAGAGCGGAAGGAAAUCUAGGGAUUGCGGCGGAUCUCGAAGAAAACCAGGAGCCUGUCGUCCAGAGGCAGCCGAAGAAGAGGUUUGUGGGGAGACGGGCGGCUGCUGAGAAUGCAGCGAAGGGUGCGGAGAGUGGGACGUCUAUUGAGACUGCGGUGCAAGUUGCAACCCCCCGGCGGACACCCCGGCAACUAAACCAAGUCCCGCCUGAGAUCCUCAACGAUCCCGACAUCAACGCCGCCAUCGCCCUCCUCCCCCCCAACUACUCCUUCGAACUCCACAAAACCAUCCACCGCAUCCGCACCAACGGCUCCACCAAAGUCGCCCUCCAAAUGCCCGAAGGCCUCCUCCUCUUCGCCACCACCAUCUCCGACAUCCUCACCCAGUUCUGCCCGGGCAUCGAAACCGUCAUCAUGGGCGACGUCACCUACGGCGCCUGCUGCAUCGACGACUAUACCGCCCGCGCCCUCGGCUGCGACCUACUCGUUCACUACGCCCAUUCCUGCCUCAUCCCCGUGGACGUCACGAAGAUAAAGACCCUCUACGUCUUCGUCGACAUCUCCAUCGACACCGCGCAUCUCCUCGCAACCAUCACCCGCAACUUCGCCGCCGGAAAGACAAUCGCAAUGGUCGGCACGAUCCAGUUCAACGCCACGCUGCACGGCGUCCGCGCCCCCCUCGAAGCAGCAGGCUUUAAAGUCCUGAUCCCCCAGAUCUCACCCCUCAGCAAAGGCGAGAUCCUCGGCUGCACGUCGCCGAAGCUUGACGCGGAUGGCGUGGAUUACAUCCUCUACCUUGGAGACGGCCGCUUCCACCUCGAGAGCGCCAUGAUCCACAACCCCUCCAUCCACGCCUACCGCUACGACCCCUACUCCCGCCGCCUCACCCGCGAACUCUACGACCACGCCGAGAUGCACGGUCUCCGGCGGUCGGCCAUCCACGCCGCUAAAUCAGCCAAAAAAUGGGGUCUAAUCCUCGGUUCCCUCGGACGCCAGGGAAACCCUCACACGAUGUCUUUGAUCGAGAAGAAACUCACCGAGCGAGGGAUUCCCUACAUCUACCUCCUCCUCUCGGAGAUCUUUCCGGGGAAACUGGCGAUGAUGGAGGAGGUGGAGUGUUGGGUGCAGGUUGCGUGUCCGAGGUUGAGUAUUGAUUGGGGGUAUGCGUUUCCGAGACCGCUUUUGACGCCGUAUGAGGCGCUGAUUGUGUUGGGGGAGAAAGAGGAUUGGAAGGGGAGUGGGGAUGUUUAUCCGAUGGAUUAUUAUGGGAAGGAGGGGUUGGGGAGGGUUAAGGAGGCGGUUGUUACGGCGGCGUAGGGGGGGGGGGUAUGCGCGGAUAGGAAGAAUAUGGGAUGAACUGGAGUUAGGUUGUGGUGAAGCUGGCAUGCGCGGCUUGGAAGAAGAAGGAAUGAACUGGAGACAGAAUGGGGGUGGAGCUGGUAUGCUCAGCUAGCAGGAAGAGGCAAGGAACUGGAGUCAGCGGGAUAUCGGCUCACACGGCGAUGAGGGCAGGGAGUUACUAUACAGCGACCUACUCAUCAAGAUGGCCACAUCUGAUCUGCGCUCUUCAAGGUGUGGUCGCCCACGAUGCGAGUUAGUCUCACCCCUUCACCCCUCCCCGGAACAGACCGGCAGUCAACCCUCCCACCUGCCAAUAGCGGCAAAGGAGCACGCGUACUCCCCACAUCUCGUUGGAGAAGGGGAACGGCACGAGCCCAUUCUUCUCAUCCCAUCCGGAGAUGGAGGGCUGAAGAGGGGCACGACAUGAUGCUGGUUGUCCCAGAUACGUGGUGGUGCUUCAUGGGGCGUUGAAGGGGAGAGUUUCGGGUCAAUAGAUAUAGGGAUACAGAUUUGCAUAUUGGUAGCACAUAGCAGGCAGAUUCCGGAAACUGCAGCCUUGAUGGUUGAAACUGAUGAAGCCGUUUCUGGAGCUCUGACUGAUGCCUAGAUGAAAUGCCAUGAGUGAUGCGGGG